AUGGAAGGCGGGAGGCCCUCCAAGGGGAGAUUCCUCCUCUGCCUCACUCUCAGCCUUCUGCUUCAAGAACAAGGUGACACUUUCACCAUCAAUUGCUCAGGCUUUGACCAGCACGGGCUGGAUCCUGCUGCCUUCCAAGCAGUGUUUGACAGAAAGGCCUUCCGUCCUGUCAUCAACUACAGUAUACCCACUCAUGUCAACAUCUCCUUCACCCUAUCUGCCAUCCUGGAAGUGGAUGCACAGCUCCAGCUUCUGACAUCAUUCCUAUGGAUGGAUUUGAUGUGGGACAAUCCUUUUAUUAGCUGGAAUCCAGAAGAGUGUGUCAGCAUCAAUAAACUCAGCAUAUCAGCUGAAUACCUGUGGCUCCCUGACAUCUUCAUCGUGGAAUCCAUGGACACGCAAAGGGCCCCUUCAGGUCUCACAGCGUAUGUCAGCAGUGAAGGUCGAGUCAAGUACGACAUGCCAGUGCGGGUGACCAGCAUUUGCAACCUGGACAUCUUCUACUUCCCUUUUGACCAACAGAACUGCACUUUCACCUUCAGUUCCUUCCUCUACACAGUGGAGAGCAUGCUACUGGGCAUGGACAGGGAAGUGUGGGAGAUCGCAGAAACGUCUCGUGACAUCAUUCAGACCCAGGGAGAGUGGGAACUACUGAGCAUCAGCAAGGCCACCCCAAAGAUGUCAGUGGGCACCAGCGUGUAUGACCAACUCAUGUUCUAUGUGGCCAUCAGGCGCAGGCCCAGUCUCUACAUUAUAAACCUCCUGGUGCCCAGCAGCUUUCUGAUUGCCAUCGACGCCCUCAGCUUCUACCUCCCGGCAGAAAAUGAGAAUCGUGCUCCAUUCAAGAUAACCCUUCUGCUGGGCUACAACGUCUUCCUGCUCAUGAUGAAUGACUUACUCCCUAACAGUGGCACCCCCCUCAUCAGUGUCUACUUUGCCCUCUGUCUGUCCCUGAUGGUGGUCAGCCUGCUGGAGACCAUCUUCAUCACCUACCUACUGCACCUGGCCACCACCCAGCCCCCACCCAUGCCUCGCUGGCUCCACUCUCUGAUCCUCUACUGUGCCCGCCCUCUGAAGUGCUGCCCCACUAGGCCCCAGCAGGGAAACAGGAGCCUGGGCCCCACUCCUGCCCACCUGCCUGGUGUGAAGGAGCCUGUGGAGUUGGUGGGGAAGGAGCCAGGUCCCAGGGAGGCAGAGGUAAACGGGCGUGCUGGGUCAACAAGGGCCCAGCAGGAAGAUGAGGCUCAGAAGCAGCACUUGGUCAGCCUGUGGGUGCAGUUCAGCCACAUGAUGGACACCCUGCUCUUCCGCCUCUACCUGCUCUUCAUGGCCACCUCCAUCAUCACGGUCAUUGUCCUCUGGAGCACCUAG